GCGCAACUUCCGGGACAGAGGGCUGAGGCUGGAAGGAGCCGGGCAUCCGGCCUGAGGGGCAGCGCUAGUGUUAGUUCGGCCCAAUGGCGGCACCGCUGCUUCACACGCGGUUGCCGGGAGAUGCGACUGCUUCGGCCUCUGCAGUCAAGACGCUGGGCGCGUCGAGGACUGGGAUUUCCAAUAUGCGUGCAUUAGAGAAUGAUUUUUUCAAUUCUCCCCCAAGAAAAACUGUUCGGUUUGGUGGAACUGUGACAGAAGUCUUGCUGAAGUAUAAAAAGGGUGAAACAAAUGACUUUGAGUUGUUGAAGAACCAGCUGUUAGAUCCAGACAUAAAGGAUGACCAGAUCAUCAACUGGCUGCUGGAAUUCCGUUCUUCUAUCAUGUACUUGACAAAAGACUUUGAGCAGCUUAUCAGUAUUAUAUUGAGAUUGCCUUGGUUGAAUAGAAGUCAAACAGUAGUAGAAGAGUAUUUGGCUUUUCUUGGUAAUCUUGUAUCAGCACAGACUGUUUUCCUCAGACCAUGUCUCAGCAUGAUUGCUUCUCAUUUUGUGCCUCCCCGAGUGAUCGUUAAGGAAGGUGAUGUAGAUGUUUCAGAUUCUGAGGAUGAAGAUGAUAGUCUUCCUGCAAAUUUUGACACAUGUCACAGAGCCUUGCAAAUAAUAGCAAGAUAUGUCCCAUCGACACCGUGGUUUCUUAUGCCGAUACUGGUGGAAAAGUUUCCAUUUGUUCGAAAAUCAGAGAGAACACUGGAAUGUUACGUUCAUAACUUACUAAGGAUUAGUGUAUAUUUUCCAACCUUGAGGCAUGAAAUUCUGGAGCUUAUUAUUGAAAAGCUACUCAAGUUGGAUGUGAAUGCAUCCCGGCAGGAUAUUGAAGACGCUGAAGAAACAGCAACUCAAACUUAUGGUGGGACAGAUUCCACAGAAGGAUUGUUUAAUAUGGAUGAAGAUGAAGAAACUGAACAUGAAACAAAGGUUGGUCCUGCACGGCUCGACCACAUGGUGCAUCCUGUAGCUGAGCGCCUGGACAUCCUGAUGUCUUUGGUUUUGUCCUACAUGAAGGACGUCUGCUAUGUAGAUGGUAAGGUUGAUAACAACAAAACAAAGGAUCUGUAUCGUGACCUGAUAAACAUCUUUGACAAACUCCUGUUGCCCACCCAUGCCUCCUGCCAUGUGCAGUUUUUCAUGUUUUACCUCUGUAGUUUCAAAUUGGGAUUCGCAGAGGCAUUUUUGGAACAUCUCUGGAAAAAAUUGCAGGAUCCAAGUAAUCCUGCCAUCAUCAGGCAGGCUGCUGGAAAUUAUAUUGGAAGCUUUUUGGCAAGAGCUAAAUUUAUUCCUCUUAUUACUGUAAAAUCGUGCCUAGAUCUUUUGGUUAACUGGCUGCACAUAUACCUUAAUAACCAGGAUUCGGGAACAAAGGCAUUCUGCGACGUUGCUCUCCAUGGACCAUUUUACUCAGCCUGCCAAGCUGUGUUCUACACCUUUGUUUUUAGACACAAGCAGCUUUUGAGCGGAAACCUGAAAGAAGGUUUGCGGUAUCUUCAGAGUCUGAAUUUUGAGCGGAUAGUGAUGAGCCAGCUAAAUCCCCUGAAGGUUUGCCUGCCCUCGGUGGUUAACUUUUUUGCUGCAAUCACAAAUAAGUACCAGCUCGUCUUCUGCUACACCAUCAUUGAGAGGAACAAUCGCCAGAUGCUGCCAGUCAUUAGAAGUACCGCUGGAGGAGACUCAGUGCAGACCUGCACAAACCCGCUGGAUACCUUCUUCCCCUUUGAUCCCUGUGUGUUGAAGAGGUCAAAGCAAUUCAUUGAUCCUAUUUAUCAGAUAUGGGAAGGCAUGAGUGCUGAAGAGCUACAGGAAUUCAAGAAACCCAUGAAAAAGGAGAUAGUGGAAGAUGAAGAUGAUGACUUUCUGAAAGGUGAAGUGCCCCAGAAUGACACCGUGAUUGGGAUCACACCGAGCUCCUUCGACGCGCAUUUCCGAAGUCCUUCAAGUAGUGUGGGCUCCCCACCCAUGUUGUACAUGCAACCCAGUCCCCUCUGACCGCAGAGAUUUGUGACUGAGAUGUGACAUUUGGGAUUCCCCAUCACCCGUCAUGCCCUCAGCACCCAGCUUGUGCCAUUGGGCAUUGAUGGCACUGAACUAGAAUGAGUGCCUGCCUUGGCUGUGGCACCGCCAGCUUAGACUGAAUCAGGCAUCGGAAGACUGGGUGUUUUUUUUUUUGUUCCCCUUACAGACAAAAUGAAAAGACUAACUGUCAUGUGCAAUAUUUUACAGUGGGGUUGAUGAUACAUUUGGAAGGAUUUGCUUGUUUAAUAUGUACAUUUUUUGUGUUAACAGCUUUUUGACACAGUUACCAGGUAAUUUCUAAUAUAGGCAGCAGACUGUUUUCAUGGGUCGCUGUUCUGACGUGGGUUUUGUCAGAUCCGUGGUCCUGGGAUUUUGCUGAUCAGCUCUCCGUGAAGAAUCCUCUAGGAUGAAACUCCUAUUUAAAGACUUUAACUAGAAAGUGUUUAUUUUGGCUACAUUGUUCACCUUCUGCUGUAUUGGCAUUUGUCUGUUGGGAUUUCAAGGGAGUGUAGAGAAGAUAGAAGGAAAGCGGAGAGCUGGCGUGACGUGGUCUGGGACACGGUUGGAGCUGGCACUGAAGGAGAUCUUGUGGGACUUCAGAGACCAACAGAAGCCCAUGGGGGGCCGGGCGCGGUGGCUCAAGCCUGUAAUCCCAGCACUUUGGGAGGCCGAGAUGGGCGGAUCACGAGGUCAGGAGAUCGAGACCAUCUGGCUAACACCGUGAAACCCCGUCUCUACUA